GGCGGUUUUUGGAGCGAUGGGGCUGUCAUUUGGUUGACCGUACCUUGCCUAGCAAGGCCGGAGCAGAGCCCCAGCAAUGCACGGAACUGAUGAACAUUUGCAUUUCGAGGGGGAGGCAGAAAAGGAAGUAGAAGAAGGCCACGGCUGUCCCGUGGAAGGGCCAGUGACCUGCUCGUUCUUCAAGAACCUUUGCGACGCCUUCGGCUGGAAGUUGCUGUUGCUGGUGGGUCUCGCCGAGAUCACGCUGAAGGGCUUUGUGGCAGGUGGUGGUAGUGGAGGCCUUGUGGGGACCCCCAUCGAAUUCUUGCUGAAGGAGUAUGAAGUGAAGGCUGCGGACCUUCAGGUCUACAAAUCUGCUGUGUUGAUCCCCUGGGCCAUCAAGCCGCUCUUCGGCUUGAUCGCUGACAGUAUGCCCAUUUUGGGCUUCAAUCGAACGCCCUACUUUGCCUUGAAUAGCAUCUGUGGAGUGUCAGCCCUCUUCUUGAUUGGUUUCUUUCCGUCGCUAUCACUCCCUAUCCUUCUCCUUAUGUUCUUCUUGGUUUUCAUGGACAUCGCCUGGAGUGACUUGUUGACUGAAGCGGUCUACUCCACCCACCUGCGCGAGAAGCCGGACCAGGGGCCCAGCUUGAUUUCGUUCAUUUGGGGAGGGAUUGGUAUCGGGAAGCUGUUUUGCAUCAGCAUUGUGGGAAUUCUGAUGGAGAAAGUGGGCAACCGCGCUCCAUACCUCAUCGCUGCACCUGCUGCAGCAUUUACCUUGUUGAUCACCUUCCUGAAUCUACCUGAAGAGACGAGCCGCCGGGGGCGCUGUUGCAAGAAGUUAGGUGGCUCUGAAAUGCCGUUGGCCAUUGUGGGCUUGGUGAUUGGUUUGGGCGCUCUCAGUCUGGCCUUGCUCUCCGUCUUUGGCGGCAACCUCUACACCAAGGUGAUUUGCGCUGGCAUCCUUGCAGUUGUUGCGCUGAGCUUAGUGUCGGCGGCAUUAACGCCCAUUGUGGCGAAAGUGAAUGCCUUCUUCUUUAUUCAGAGCAUUUGCAGCUUCAGCAUCUCAGGAGCUUCUUUCUACUUCUUCACUGAUGGCCCUGAGGCCUAUCCUGAUGGACCGCAUUUGUCCAAGGUUUUUUAUUCCUCCGCCAUCGGCUUUGUCUCAACGGUCUUCUCCUUGUUGGGCAUGGUGAUCUACAACCGUUGGAUGCAGCAUUGGCGCUACCCCUUUAUCCUUAUGAUGGGGAGCUUGUUGUCUUGCGCCUGCAACUUGGUGAGCUGCAUCGUCUUUACGCGAACCAACGUGAGGUUCGGCAUCAGCGACAAGUUUUUCGUGUUGGCCUCGGACGCGGUGCAGAUGGUGGUCAUGGAAAUUGCUUGGCUGCCGAAUAUGCUGCUGAUGUCACAACUAUGCCCCAAAGGCUGCGAGGCGACGAUGUUCGCGUUGCUGGCUGGAAUGGGCAAUCUGGGCGCCAACUUGGGGAACUACUUUGGUGCCUUCCUUUUGCAGCUCUUAGGCGUCCAGCCGACUGGCGCGGCGGGGGAUGAAGAACAAUUCCAAAAUUUGUGGCUUGCGGCGGUAGUGUCUGCAAUUGCCCCAUGUAUUCCUUUGGUCUUGGUUUUCCAGCUGAUUCCCAAUAUCAGCCAGAAGGAUCCCAUCAAGGGGCUCACAAGUUCCUCCGCCGGAUCGCCCUUGAGUCGCUUCCUCUCGCACUACUUCAACGUCCAGGAAAACGUCACCAGCUCGGACGAGGAGGACGUGCGCUGUUGUGAUUACAGCGCCACCUCGGGUGAGGUUCCUGAUCGGGUGAGUAUAGCGGAGGUAUGUGUCCAUGCCGCCCUGGGCGCUAGGCAUGGCAUCGCCACCAUUGCAUUUCUGGCCUCACUGGGGAUGUUUACCAGGUCCUCGGGGCCCUGCUUUUGGAUCAAACCGCCCAAGCUGCGACCUGUGCAGGGCUGGUAUGAGGAAGAGCGGCUUGUAGCGCCGGAAGGAGGUGCUAAGCUGCGUGGGCUACACCCACCGAAGCCUCCCAAGUUCCUGAUGGAAGGUCGAAUCAAAAACUCCCCAUUGGAGCCUCAACCAGAGGCCGAAGCUGUCUCAGCUGAGACCUCGGAGGUUUCUAUGCUCAGAGUGGAAGACAAGCAGGUGGGCCAGGAGCUCCGUUACCUCUCUCUCGCCAAGCAGGAGGCAUUGCCUGUGGUGGGGGAGGACGUUCGCGCUCUGGUGGAGCAAGCUUCUGAAGAGGCGCAGUGCGGUGCCCUGCAGGCCGAGGACCUCAGUAGCACCCUGCGCGCCAUCGCCACCUUCAAGAACCAGCUGCCUGCCUUGAAGACUCAUUUGGGCGUCAUCUCUGAUACCCUUCUUGGGCGGGCCUUAGACCUCCAGGCCACUGGCACCUCAGACGCCCUCUGGGCUGUUGCCGAAAUGCGCGACGAAGCUCCCAUGCUCCAGGCCUUGCUGCCGGUGCUGCUCUAUCGCUUGGCCAAGACAGCUCCAGAACUGACCACAGAGGAGACCAUUAGUAGCCUCUUCUCCACUGCCAUGCUGCGAUCGAAGUUUCGAGAACUGAAGCUGAACAUGGCGCCCCUCACGGCGUUCUUGGCGAACUCCAUGAGCAAAGUGUCCUUUGAGGAUCUGAAGACCCAGGAGUUGGUGGAUUUCUUCUAUUCCUUGUCCCUCACCCGGACGCUGCCGGAUGAUCUUUUCGAGGCGUUGGUCACAUCCGCGGUGGAUCAGCUGAAGGGAAGGAAGCUUAGUACACACAACACGUACUCCUUGCUCUACUCCAUCGCCAUGCUGCAGGAGACCUGCGUCCAUGGCACAGCUCUCAAGCUGCUUCCCAGCGUGCUGAUCUCCCUGGAAGCAGUGGCGGAAGACAUGAUGCCCGAGCAACUUGCCGGGUGCCUGUGGGCUCUGGGCUGGGCCGAUCCCAAUGCCACCGUCAGCCGAGGUCACCUUGAGAGGUUGCGCGACGAGAUUGGUGUUGUGCUGGGCGAGCUGGAGAUGAGAGACUUGUCGCAUGCUCUUUGGGGCAUGGCUGCUCUGGACUUCAAUGAUAAGGAACUUUUAGGCAUCGCUGCAGAUCGCUUUCUGGCCUGGCACGUGAAGGUGAAGGCUCCCAUCCUAGCCAAGCACAUUGCGCGCGUGACCUGGGCCUUUGCCAAGUUGGAUUUCCAUCACAAACUCUUCAAGUUGGCCCUGGAAGAGCGGCUGCAACCGCAUAAGUACGUCAUCAGGUUCUUGGAGCCAGAUCAACUCCAUGCCCUGGCCUGGUCCUUUCGCAUUUUGAUGCCUGGCAGCAGAUGGCAAAAGACCAGGGACGACAUCGAUGCCAAGAUCAUGGCCUAUGUCAAGAUGAGGUACAGACACGGUAUUGGCCGGAAGGUGGACGAGUACGGCGACGAGCGGCUGCACAAAGUCACCGUUGGGCGGAUCGAACCCUAUGUGGAGAUCGAUCCGGAGACACCCAAGGAACUAAGGAACCAGGUGAUGCUGGAAAAAGCCAAGGACCUAGGAGCAGUGGGCCCAGACGUGCCGAAUGUGCGGCGGAAGAUCUCGGGACGACCCAAGUGGAGCGUGACACAAUGGGUGGAUGCGAAGAAGCGCUUCCUCUACUAUGCUCAACAGGAUCAGCAACUGGCAGAAGAUGCUUCCAGCAGCUUCCCCAAAGCAGUUGGAGGCCUCCAGUGCAAGCGCCGGCAAAUUGAGUGGAGAUCAAUUUUAUCCAACUGUUUCACCUCAGAGUGA